UUGGGUGCCCGAGAUCCGAGCGAGUCCAGACUUCCCGAGGGCAGCAGCGCGCGUGUAAGCGCGCCCAGGAGUCAUGCAGCGGCCCAGGCGAAGGGGACUCGCCUCUGCCUCGGCUUCUCCGUACCCUCCGCAUCGAGGGUAGCAGCCUCAGGGUCCCGGUGGGAGGAAAACACUCCCCUUUCACUGCUCCACCCCACCCCCAGCUCCCUAAGGCAGCCCACCCCGCGGGAAACCCUUACUGAGCCGCAAUGGUGGGGCUGAAACCCUCGGACGUGCCGCCCACCCCGGGCGUCAAGUUCCUCGGAGCCGGAGCCGCCGCCUGCAUCGCGGAUCUGGUCACCUUUCCGCUGGACACCGCCAAAGUCCGGCUGCAGAUCCAAGGUGAAGCCCAGAGCUCCGGAGCUGUCCGGUACAAAGGAGUGCUGGGGACCAUUGUCACCCUGGUGAAAACCGAAGGACCGAGAAGUCUGUACAGCGGGCUGCAUGCUGGGCUGCAGAGGCAGAUGAGCUUUGCUUCCAUUAGAAUCGGGCUCUAUGACACAGUCAAACAGUUCUACAACAAUGGAAGAGAAACAGCUGGAAUUGGAAGCAGAAUCCUGGCAGGGUGCACCACUGGUGGGUUGGCAGUCAUAGUAGCACAGCCUACAGAUGUGGUGAAAGUCAGACUUCAAGCACAGAGCAACCUAUCCGGUGCCAAAUCCCGAUACACCGGGACUUUCCAUGCCUACAAAACCAUAGCAACAGAAGAAGGACCAAGAGGGCUUUGGAAAGGGACAGCACCCAAUGUGACAAGAAAUGCUAUUGUCAAUUCUGCAGAACUAGUAACCUAUGAUUUAAUAAAGGAGAACCUUUUGAAAUACAACCUACUCACAGAUAAUCUACCUUGCCAUUUUGUAUCGGCCUUUGGCGCUGGAUUUUGCACAACAGUGGUAGCAUCUCCAGUUGAUGUGGUAAAGACUCGAUACAUGAAUUCUCCACCAGGACAAUAUACCAGCGCUCCCAAAUGUGCAUGGACAAUGCUCACAAGGGAAGGACCAACCGCAUUUUACAAAGGGUUUGUGCCUUCCUUCUUAAGACUAGGAUCCUGGAAUGUUGUUAUGUUCGUAUCCUAUGAACAGCUGAAAAGGGCCAUGAUGGGAUCCAGGCCGACUAUUGAUUGUGCCACAGAAUCAUCUUUAUAAAAGAUACUGCAGGAAGAUACUGGUGGGAAUAUUUAAUGUGUAUUUGGACCCAAAAAGUCAUGCAUUUCUUGCCAUAAAGAUUACAAAAGUAUAUUAUUUGGAAAGGGCUAAGUACUGGGUAAAACAUUGGCCCGGAGUUGGGAAGACAUGAUUUCAGAUGUGGCCUCAGACACUAAUAACUGUGUGAUGCUGGAUACAUCAUUAAACCUAUUUGCCUCAAUCCACUGAAGAAGGAAAUGGCAAAGCACUCCAGUAUCUUUGCCAAGAAAACCCCAAAUAAAGUCACUGAGAGUGAGACCCAACUGAAAUGAUUGAAUAACAAAGUCCAUCUUAUCCUGGAGACUAGAUCAAGACCAAGAAGGAAGAGGGAAGGAGGUGAGAAGGGAGGGAGGGAAAAAGUAUAUUUUGGUCUGUAUUCAUAACAUUAAGCUCUUUCUUUGGAGGCAGAUAAUACCAAAGAACUCAUGAUGAAAAGGGCUAUCUUGGAUUGUUAUAUUGCUAAGAAAAGCUAACUUGUUCACAAUUCUUCUUCAGUUAUUGCUGUUACUGUAUAGUGUUCUCCUGAUCCUGCUUGCUUCACUUCAUGUCAGUUCAUGGAAGUCUUUCCAGUUUUCCUGAAAUUAUCCUGCUUAUGAUUUCUCAUAGUGCAAUAAUAUUCCAUGACAAUCAUAUAUCACAACUUAUUCAGUUAUUCCCUGAUUAAUGAGCAUCCCUUCAAAUUCUUAUCAUACACCAAAAAACCUAAUAACAAUACAAUGAUCCAAGAUUACUCUGAAGGAGUUGUGAUGAAAAUUGCUAUCUAUACCCAAAGAAAGAGCUAAUUGUGUCUAAAUACAGAUUGAAGCAUAUUUUUUAAACUUUAUUUUUCUUGAGGGUUUUUUUGGGGGAGGAAUCUGUUUUCUUUCUCAACAUUAUGAAAAUAUUUUGCAUAACCUCACAUGUGCCUUCUCAGUGGGGAUGGGAUGGGAAAGAAGGGAGAGAAUCUGAAACUCAAAUUUUUUAAAACAAAUGUAAAAAAAUGUGUUUUACAUGUAACUAGGGAAAAUAAAAAUAUUAAAUUUUUUAAAAA